UACAUAUUGGGUGUGUGGCUAGCUCAGUUGUAUUGCCUAGGCCCUAGCUUGGCGCAUGGCAUAAACAGAAGAAGGAAGAUAUCACUAGCUAGCUGUACAUGUAUGGAUCGAGGGAAAGAGCAAAGGGGAACAGAUAAGACAUAAAUGCAUGCUAUUCCUGUUUGAAUGCUGUCUACGUUUUCUGGCUGCCAAAAAUAUAUGGAUAUAGUGAUUCCUAUCUUAUUCUGUUUAACACUGGAUUCUUUACCGGGACAUUGACAUUGGGAAUUGGGAUAAUAACAUUGUGAGCUCCACUACAGACAGAUCUACGAAUACAGGACAUUAUUUAGCUGGGCUAGUGCUAGGGAUCCGUAGGGGCCAGUGUUUAGGGGAAAUCCUAGCUUGCAGGAGGGCAACCCAGCCGGGAACUGGCCAGCCAUGAGUCGUCUUAAUUCAAGAGUAUUCAAGAAAUCAAGCCCUAAUGGCAAGAUCACAACAUAUCUUGGCAAAAGAGAUUUUGUCGAUCAUCAAACGCACAUCGAUCCAAUUGAUGGAGUUGUGUUAGUAGACCCAGACUACCUGAAGGAGAGGAAGGUCUUCGCUCAUGUCCUAGCAGCAUUCCGCUAUGGUCGGGAGGAUCUGGAUGUCCUGGGUCUGACCUUCAGGAAGGACCUGUACUUAGCUUCAGUCCAGGUCUACCCUAAGCCAUCCGAUGAGCAGAGACCACUUACCAGACUUCAAGAGAGACUCAUCAAGAAGCUAGGCCCUAAUGCGUAUCCCUUCUACUUUGAACUGCCAAUCAAUUCUCCUUCAUCGGUCACGCUGCAGCCUGCACCAGGUGAUACAGGCAAACCAUGCGGUGUAGAUUACGAACUCAAAACUUAUGUUGCAGAAACGAUGGAUGAGAAACCCCACAAGAGGAACUCUGUUCGGCUUGCCAUCAGGAAGGUCACCUAUGCCCCUGAUGUCCCAGGCCCACAACCCACAGCUGAAGCACAGAAAGACUUUGUAGUUAGCCCAGGAGCUCUUCAUCUAGAGGCAACACUUGACAAAGAGAUGUACUACCAUGGAGAAAGCAUUGAGGUUAACGUCACCAUAGCCAACAAUUCAAACCGAACGGUGAAGAAGAUUAGGGUGUCGGUCCGGCAGUACGCAGACAUCUGCCUCUUCUCAACCGCACAGUACAAAUGCCCAGUAGCUGUAAUGGAAACAGAAGAUCCUGGAUACGGUCUGCCUCUCAAACCUAGCCAGAAGCUGACCAAGGUAUUCUGUGUCACGCCGUUACUUGACAACAAUCGAGACAAGCGAGGGCUGGCGCUAGAUGGCAAGCUUAAACAUGAGGAUACAAACCUGGCUUCAUCCACACUGUUAAGUGCAAAAACAGAGAAGGAGCGUGAGAGCCUGGGAAUCAUUGUACAGUACAAGGUCAAAGUGAAGCUAAUCAUCGGCUACGGAGGGGACUUAUCGGUGGAGCUACCAUUCACUAUGACCCAUCCUAAACCCGUUGAAGAAGAACCAGCACCUGUUCCUGCCCCUAGCCCCAACACUAACAAAGAGACAAAUGAGGUUCCAGUUGACACAAAUCUUAUCAAUUUUGAUGCAAAGAAUAAUGAUCCAAAUGGACGGUCUGACAACUACUGCGUUGCCAGAACACAAUGUCUAACUGCUACAAACGAGGGCAGUGGUAGUGACAACCAGCAGAAGCUUGAGGACGAGGAUGAUGAUUUGAUAUUUGAGGAUUUCGCCAGACUCCGACUCAAAGGCACAGAGGGUGAAGGAACAGAGGCUUGAGUGGACUAGCAUCUCCAAAUCAGCAUUGCCUGAUUCAGGAACCAGGGCUCAUAUUCAUAAAACCAUACCAAGCCCAGUUGUCAACUGUGUACUAUAGCCUAAGCUCGUCAACAGCUAGCUCAGUAAGGUUUUAUGGUUAAGGGCCCAGAGGUUUACCUUCACUAAAAAAAAAACGCAAAUCUUGUGUCUGUCCUGCAGCCAGCGUGUGGAAGGGAACUACUGUCCAAGUUAGCGCUUGAUGUGUUACAAACACACUCUCAUCACAUCAUAUUUCCUCCUCUGCUGUUUCCUACGCACAUGCAUUGUAUUUGCAAAACGGUUCAUCUUUAAUACUGUAUUUAUUGAAAUUGUCAACGUUGCAAUGCAACUAUUUUGUUAUACUUUUUAACUUUUGAAAUAUGGGAUGAAGCUAGGCUGUGCUAGCUAGGUCACCUUCUCUUACCAUACUUUGUGAUCAAAGUAUAUAAUAAAAAUGGGAAGGCUUUGUCUUUAUUGUUUGAAAUUGGGGCAGAAUGUCAAUCACGCAGACAUUGGUUUAUUGUGUGAAUGUGAUGGGUGUGAAGACUCCACCCCUCCCCCCUCCCGAUAUUUUUUCCCACAUGAAAAAUAUUCAAUACUCCUUGAAACUUGAAGUCAUGGUUUUGCACAGGUUUGAAUCCACAUGUAUCAUUUUUUUUCUGUUUUUUUUUACCUCACAUAUUCAACACUUCAUUUGCUGAAAGAAGAAUUGACUGGUUAAACACCUUUUUUUCUUUAAUCAAUUCCUUGUAAUAUAUUUCUUGACUGGAUACCUUACAAUCACAAUCAUGAUCAUAAAGAACUGUAAAUACAAAUGUAAAGCCUGGAAGUAGAUCUUCUCUAUAUUUUAUGAUGGGCAAAAAUGUCUCAUUUCCGUUACCAUGCUUCAUGUCGUAGUGUCUGACUUUCUUGUAAUUUCUUGUUUUAAGGAGUAUAAAUUAUGGUCUAUGUUCAUUAUAUGGAGGUACAUGUAUACAUGUAUUUCAAGGUUUGUGGGAAUCUUUAAAGCAGGCUUUAUUGUAAAAGAAAUUGAAUGAGGUCACUUGACUCUAGCAAAAACUCCCGUAUCCUCAUUUGUUUGGAUUGUUAUGAAUUCUGUUCUACUGUAAAAUCAUGAUAAAUAUGUUGAGAUGGUAUGGGUAAUUUACUGAAAAAAGGCUGAGUUCUGUUUGAUAGAUUGAAACGUUCUAAUGAUUUAGGAUAGUUCAUGUCGAAAUUUGUAGCUAUCUUUGGCUGUACCUUGACUUCACUUGAGAUGUGAUUAUAACAUCUGAAGUACUUUAAAUGUCGGAGAAUAAUAGCUUUUGUGACUAUAUUUUAUAUUUCUUGCUUGAUAUAUAUCUUGUGCAUCUCUGUAUAUAAUUAUGUGUUGAAUGGAAUGAUCAUGUUACCUAUACAAAUGUAUAUGAAGUGAAUAUUGAUUUUCAUUGUGGUUAUUUUUUAAGCUGACCAACCCCAUUUUUGUUGCUGUUCAUCGCGUGACAGAAUGUUGGUACCGUGGAGCUCAAUUCUCUGUUAGAAUAGAACUUAGCAGUGUAGCCAAGUGACCAAAUCCUUUGUAUAUUGAAAUAUACUCAUGGCAUAUAAUGCUCUCUCUCUCUCUCUCUAUGCGAAGUCACGGGUAGUCACAUUUUAUGUUUCAGUUUGUUAAAAAGCAUUUUAAAUAUGCAGAGAUGGGUACCCUUGUUAGGCUAACAAUGUUUAUUUCAAGUACUGUUAAGUUUAUUCCACAUGAAAUUAUGUAAAUGCAACUGUAUUGCAACAACACCAAUAUUGUCAAACUAAAAAAAAAA